AUAAAGAAAUCCACAUCAGUAACAAGUACUUAUAAAGCUUUAGAUUGGCAUCACAGCUAUAUUCCCUCUUUACCAAUCCCUAGAGGUUGUUUGCAAAGAAAAUCUUGAUGUAUAUGAUAUGAUAUAGCUUUUUAGGCUCAAUAUUUUAUAGGAUUCUGACCAAUUGAUUCUUUUUUGGGAAAAAAAAAAAAAGAGUCUCGAUCAAGAUGGGUUUGAGUGAUAUAGGAGCAAAGCUGCCACCAGGAUUUAGAUUCUACCCAAGUGAUGAAGAGUUGGUUUGCCACUAUCUUUACAAGAAAAUAGCUAAUGAAGACGUUCUAAAGGGCACUCUGGUGGAAAUUGAUCUUCAUAUUUGUGAACCAUGGCAGCUUCCUGAGGUGGCGAAACUCAAUUCAAGCGAGUGGUAUUUCUUCAGCUUUCGUGAUCGGAAGUACGCAACAGGAUAUCGAACCAAUAGGGCCACCAAAACUGGAUACUGGAAGGCUACUGGGAAAGAUAAAAUAGUUGUUGAUCCGAAGACUGGUGCCCUUGUAGGGAUGAGAAAGACUCUAGUGUUUUACCAGAAUCGAGCUCCAAAUGGGAUUAAAACUGGUUGGAUCAUGCAUGAAUUUCGCCUUGAAACCCCUCAGACUGCUCCUAAGGAAGAUUGGGUGUUAUGUAGAGUGUUUUACAAAGCCAAAGGAGAGAAUAGAAACGAAUUUCACUCACAAAACAACACAAUAACUCAGGUUACUUCAUCAAAUACUGAUACAUAUCCUCUUCGCACCAGCGAUAGCCAACCACAGUCCUGUGGUUGCUACCACCAAAUCACCACCGUCUCCUCCCAUCAAAGUCCACCACUCGACCAUCACUACAACCAAUACGAUUAUUGCCAUCCUAAUUUUCCACAACCAUCUCACAACACCAGCUUCGAGGAUUCUUCAAACCAAACGACUUUUAUGGAUCUCUCGAACUCCAAGCGUCAGGAUCACGAAUCUGGUUUGUUUUCGGAAUGUGGUUUCGAAUUUGGAUUACCUUCUUCAAUGGGAUUUCUUGAUGAUGAUGAUGAUAAGAUGGACAAUGGCAUAGUGUUCUUCUAGUAGUACUGGAUUAUGUAAAAUAUCAAGUUUAGGUAUAGGAAAAACGGUAAAAAAAAAUUGUCCAUUUGAUUAUUUGUGAUACAUAUAUGUGUUGUGUUUGUUUCUCAUUUUGAAAUUAAUGCUCAGUUUGUUGUAUAUUAAUAGAAGGUUUGUAAUUAUUAUAUAUAGAUUGCUAUUAUAUAAACAUGAUGAAGUAUAAAUGUCGAGUUUUAUUCUGUA